GUCAAACUGGUACUAUUUAACUAGCAAUACUAUUCAAGGGAAACUUCGGGCAGUGGCGCUACCUACUGCACGAACCAAGCAGGUAUGACAGCUAUACAAUACAAUCAGAAGUCUAGAUCAGCGACCUCUAUAUGUUUUCCCUGGUCCCUGACAGAAUGGAAUCAGAGAGACACUAGUCUUCCACUGUCUCUCUUCUGACAGAUUGAUGAAAAUACUUGAACCUACAGGAAGUGAAAAAACUGGUUUAUGACAACGGUGGGAAAGAUGGCAUCUAUGACUCAGCGUCUAGUACAUCUUGACCUAAAGGGUGCAGCACCGAAGUUAUCCUACCUGGAAGAAAUAAUCCCUUUAAUUCAACAGUGGGGAGCAACAGGGUUGAUCAUUGAGUAUGAGGAUAUGUUCCCUUACCAUGGCGACAUAUCUGAAGUGGCUUCCUCCCAAGCCUACAGUGUUGAAGAGGUUAGAAAACUCCUCAACAUGGCAGAACGAUAUAAUCUCGAGGUAAUGCCAUUGGUACAGACAUUUGGUCACCUUGAGUUCGCUCUGAAGCAUGAGACAUUUGCUAAGAUUCGUGAAAUUCCACACUACCCAACGACAUUGUGUCCAUGUCACCCAGACUCAGUCACCAUGGUAACCACAAUGUUGGAUCAAGUCCUCGAGAUGCAUCCAAAGACGAAGUGGUUCCAUAUUGGCUGCGACGAAGUGUACCACCUUGGGAAGUGUGACCUGUGCCGAAGGAAAAUGGCAGAUGAAAAUCUCACCGCACAACAGCUAUUUUUCGGCCAUGUGAAAGCAGUGGCUACCUACAUAAAGACUCAUUAUCCUACCAUCACCCCGAUUGUGUGGGACGACAUGUUUCGAUUUGCUCAAGUCAAAGAUCUGAAGACGAGCGGUCUGGGUGGUCUCGUGGAGCCAAUGAUAUGGCACUACCUGUCGUCCUUUCUUCUUCCGGAGAACCUGUUUGACAACCUGAGUACGGUGUUCCCAGACAUCUGGGUGGCCAGUGCCUUCAAGGGUGCUACCGGAGUGUGUGCCAGUAUGACAAACAUAUCUUUCCACGUUGAAAACCAUCUCUCCUGGUUGCGGUUGAUUGAUGAGAAAGGAAGCAAGUUUAAUUCAGUCCGAGGGUUUGCUAUCACAGGAUGGCAGAGAUAUGACCACUUCGCAGUCAUGUGCGAGCUCCUCCCUGUUGCCAUCCCUUCUCUAGCGAUGUGUCUGAGUGUUGCUAAGCAACGUGUAUUCACCCAGGAUAUGCAUAUGCACAUCUCUAACCAGCUCGAGUUCAAGCCUGGGCUCCCCCUCAACCCCUACCAGUGUCAUGUCCCCACGGAGUGCCGCUACCCAGGGAGUGCCGUGUAUGCUGCCAUGGUGGACUGGAUCCAGAUCCAAGCUAAGUGUGAGCAGUUCCUACAAAGUGACACUCUGUGUUCCUGGAUGAACGAUUACAAUAUUGAACGAGGGUUUGUCAACCCCAUGCACAUCGAACCUAUUGUGACUGAAGCUACAAAUAUUCUUGCAAGACUUUGUGAAGUACAAAUUAAAGUUCAGAAGUCCAUGGAACCAAUCUUCGCGGAUGAUACGGUUACAGAAUGGAUUCAGACCUAUUUGGAACCCAAAUCAAAAAGAUUUUCUGAUAUUGUUGAAAAGGGGCAAAAGGUUUUAGGGCGAGUGAAUUUCAAAUCGUAUGAAGAGAAAAUGUCUCAGGAUACAUAAAGAGGCAUUACUAUACAGAGAAUAUUUAGUUGAUGUUCCCAAUCCAAAGAUAUUAAAAUAACAAAAUGACAACUGUUGUGUAAAUGUUCGGUUUUUUGUAGGGGAGCUUAUAAAGAUUACUGUGCUUAUUGGAAGGGUGCUUGAUAUGGUAAAUAUGAUAGUUAAUCUGUAUUGAAGGGACUGGACCCAUUGCCAAAAGUGUAUAUAGUCCAUGUUAGUGUAUGGCAGUUAUGAUCAUCUUUGUGCUAAAAUCAUUUUGUGUAAGUGGGUCUUUGUCGUGUAUUAUAAGGGUGGACGGGCCAGUGAGAUUAAGGUGGUAUCAUGAGCUAAAGUAGGGGAGUGGCCUUUGGGGAAGGGGACAUGGAAAAAUGCCACUUUUUUCCCAAAUGUAAAAGUAGUACAUAUAGAUGUUACCGUAUAUUACCAUAGAUAAGCCGUAUUUUGAAGACCAAGAAAAGCAGCCUGUAGAAGUGGGUUGGCUUAUCUACGGGUAACACUUUCGUCAGACUCUUUGCUAGUGACCAGGAAGAAAAUGACAUUGUAUAGUUUCGCGUGAACGAACAAGAGAAAACGACUUUGACAGUGAAGACAUCAAAUUUGCAAUUAAACAUCACUAAACAAGAUUAUUUACCUUUUCAGUUCUAAUUUGUUUUUGCAAGGCAUUGUAUUAUAUGCAGGGAUUAAGAUUACCGUGUGUUUUUGUCUCGUAUAUAGUAUGUUUGGUCGGGUCAUUUAGAAGAUGGGGAGACUGGUUUGGAGUCAUGGGAGUGAGUAUGGUUUUACGCCGCUUUUAGCAAUAUUCCAGCAAUAUCACUGCGGGGGACACCAGAAAUGGGCUUCACAUAUUGUACCCAUGUACAAUUCUGAUAAGUUUAGUAAAUAUGACCUCCUAGGGAGGUAAGCAAAAUAUAACAGGGACGGUGGGGUAGCCCAGUGGUAAAAGCGUUCAUUCGUCACACUGAAGCCCCGGAAUGGAUUCCCCACUUGGGUACAAUGUGUGAAGCCCAUUUCUGGUGUCCCCCGCUGUGAUAUUGCUGGAAUAUUGCUAAAAGCGGCGUCAAACCAUACUCACUCCCCAAACACAGAGAUAUUAUUGU